AUGUAUAUCAUCAUUCAUAUGUCAUCCAUUUGCUUUCCAAGUUUUCUCCCACUCUUAUGCGUCAUACACCUUACACUUUCUCCGAUCAAUUACCAUCACAUUCACAUUUCCCGAUCUUUCUCUCCACAAUGUGCCUUUCUCUCUCCUCACCUUCAAUCCCUCUCCUUCUCUGUAACCUCCAUUUACGAUGACCUGAAAACCUCCAUGAUUCCGGUGAGCUCGUAGAGAUCAUCUAUUCAUUUCUCCAGAGCCUCCGUUUAUCACUUCAAAGCUUCGAUUUCGCCUUUGAAACAUUGAAUUCCGUAAACCCUAUGCGUUUCGGUAAGAUUUUCAAACAUCUGAGUUUUAACGACGUCUUUUCCAAUCAUUUCACUGUUGAAUCGAAUUUAUUGCUCAAUUCCUUAUGACCUUUCAAUUUGGAAGGGUCAAAUUCCGUAUUAUUCCUUGAUUGAACACUUGUUUGACGGGAUUUCUAGAUAGAAGGUCAAAUUGGAUUUUAGGUUAUGUCAGUGUUAUUUGUGUGAGUAAUUUGUAGAGUAUAAUUAGAGGUGUACAUUUCGUCAUUUCAGGUGGGUUUCGGGUAGGAUAUUUGGAGUUGGGUCAGUUUUGUGUGAUUUGAUUUUUAUACAAUCUAUGUGGUUUAGUUUCGGGUAGAGUCGAGUAAUAGUGUGGUUAAUCAGGAAAAUUUGGACUUCUCUAAGUAUAGAUAUGGAGGGGACAAUGAAGAAUGAUAAGGAUGUAAAGAGAUGUGAAGGUUGCAAUCCUGUGAAGAAACCAGGUCCUAUAACAAUAGAUCAUGUUUUGUUGGCCCUUCAAGAAACUAAGGAUGAGAGGGAGCUAAGGAUUCGUAGUUUGUUCAAUUUUUUUGAUAAAUCCAGUACAGGAUACUUGGAUUAUUCUCUUAUUGAAUCGGGUUUGACCGCCCUUCAUAUACCAUCGGAUUAUAAGUACGCUAGAGAUCUUUUGCUUGUUUGUGAUGCAAAUAAAGAUGGGCGAGUUGAUUAUGAAGAGUUUCGGAGGUAUAUGGAUGAUAAGGAACUUGAAUUGUAUCGCAUUUUUCAAACUAUUGAUGUGGAGCAUAAUGGUUGUAUUCUACCUGAAGAACUAUAUGAUGCACUCCUCAAAGCAGGGAUUGAGAUUAAUGAUGAGGAACUUGCUCUUUUUGUUGAUCGCGUGGAUAAGGAUAAUAAUGGUGUUAUAACGUUUGAAGAAUGGAGAGACUUUCUUCUCCUUUAUCCUCAUGAAGUUACUAUUGCGAAUAUCUAUCAUUACUGGGAGAGGGUCUGCCUUGUUGAUAUUGGUGAACAAACAGUUAUUCCAGAAGGUGUAAGUAAACAUGUCAAUGCUAGUAAAUAUCUGAUUGCAGGAGGUAUUGCUGGUGCUGCAUCUCGUACUGCAACUGCUCCAUUGGAUCUCUUGAAAGUUGUUUUACAAGUACAGACGAAGGAAGCUCGCAUUAUGCCAGAAGUAAGGAAAAUAUGGAAAGAAGGAAAAAUUUUUGCUUUUUUUCGUGGCAAUGGAUUGAAUGUUGUGAAGGUGGCACCUGAAAGUGCUAUUAGAUUUUACACAUAUGAAUUGCUUAAAGGAGUAAUUAUGGAGGCUAGAGGAGGGGAGAAAGCUGAUAUUGGUGGAAUGGGUCGCCUUGUUGCUGGUGGUCUAGCUGGUGCUGUUGCACAAACUGUAAUUUACCCAAUUGAUCUAGUAAAGACGCGGUUGCAGACAUAUGAAUGUCUGGAUGGAAAAGUACCUAGAAUAGGAGCCUUAACGAGGGAUAUUUGGGUCAAAGAAGGUUCAAGAGCUUUCUAUAAGGGCCUCUUUCCAUCUGUUCUCGGAAUCAUUCCUUAUGCGGGCAUAGAUCUUGCUGCUUAUGAAACGCUGAAGGAUAUGGCUAAGAUAUAUAUACUCCAAGAUAGUGAACCUGGACCACUUGUGCAAUUGGGUUGCGGAACCAUAUCUGGUGCUGUUGGUGCAACGUGUGUUUAUCCAUUGCAGGUUGUCCGAACAAGAAUGCAAGCCAGUCAGAGGAACUCAACCAUGUCCGAAGUAUUCUGGGCGACUUUUCAGAAGGAAAAAUUAAGGGGAUUUUACAAAGGAUUAUUCCCCAACCUUCUGAAAGUAAUUCCAUCAGCAAGUAUCACCUAUCUGGUCUACGAGGCCAUGAAAAAGCGUCUGGAACUGGAAUGAGAUGCAUCUUUGCAAAAUGUUUUUCUCUUGGCACGGCUAACUGUUUAGUGCAGAAUCGGUAAUAUCGCUGAAUACAGCCUACAAUAUAAGGAUGAUGACGAUAAUGGCUCUGAUUGAGUAGAUAUGUGAUUGUUAUUAGUAGAAUUGUGUAUUAGUCAUUUAAAUUUGUGUUCAUCAAUGUAUCUUCAUGAUCGUGGUACGAUCAUCAUUCGGCAGCAUUAUAAACAGCUGACUACCCAAUUUUGUAGUGACUUGAGAAUGUUUGCUUCAAUAAGCACGGCAGUUAUAUUUUCCCUAAUAUAAACUUCGGACUAUAAAUGGACCUCAUCUUCUUAGUGUCGA